ACACUCAGUGGCGUGGCCAGCAAGAAAUCCUCACCCAGCAGGUGGAAAAUCUCACCCAGCAGCUGAAGUUGUGCCAAAGCCAAACCACAAACCACCAAGGGGACAAAUGUCCGGUACGGUGGAUACAGUUCAGUGACACCUUGUACCUCUUUGCUGCUGCAACCAGAACUUGGGAACAGUGUCAAUCCUACUGCUCAUCUCAAUCUGCCCAGCUGCUUAAAACUGAGAACAAGGAAGAGAAGAAUUUCAUACAACAAGAAUCAUUUCUUUCUUUUGAUAUACGUCAAGGCUUUAAAUAUUAUUUCCCUUUCUGGAUUGGACUAUCGUAUGAUUCCAGCACCAGGAAGUGGGUCUGGGUGGACAGCACAGCUCUCUCCUCUGGCCUGCUUGAAAUCUCAGUAGCCAAUAACCAGCAUUAUCCGCGCGGAGCUUGUGCCUAUAUCCAUGGUGGGAAUUUCAAAGCUGGAGCCUGCGGAGAAACUCGAUCCUGCCUUUGCGAGAAGAUGAAGGAUUUGACAAGAACUUGAACUCCCUCAUCUGGAACAGGCCUGGACAGUCUGCUAAACCAAACAGAGAUGGAAAAAUCUCAUUUCCUGUCUUGGUAAUUUCCUCUAUCUGCUCGCUUAUGUUGCACA